UCCAAGACAAAGCCCUAAAGUUCCUGUGGACGAAGAAGCACUCGCAAGAUCUCCUCGACGUAGCUAGAAUGCGGGUGGAGAUUUGCGCGGGAGCGAUGCAUUGGGGCACCGUAGGCGCGAGCGCGCGAUAGGGAUCUCUGUUUCUAGGGCAGGAGGACCGGAGCGAUGGAUCAUCUCAAGCGCAAGGUCUGUUGGAACACCAAAUGCCCCGCGACCAACAGCAGCGUGUGGAAAUCCGGAUGGGGCUUGCAGUCGGGGAGAAUAGCGGAUUUGUGCGACUACUGCGGGUUGGUGUACGAGCAAUCGAGAUUCUGCGAGACUUUUCAUUCCAGUGAUGCGGGAUGGAGAACAUGUAACAAUUGUAAGAAGCCUGUCCACUGUGGAUGCAUUGCAUCAGUGUCUUCUUUUGUUCAUCUCGAUUUUGGUGGGGUUGAAUGCGUGAGCUGCGCGAAAGGAUUGACUCCAUGCAAGACAGUUGAAGGUCCGGCAAAUGUGUCCUCCGAAUCCACAUCCCUCACAAGAGUCAAGGCCUCGGAUCAAUCUUCCGAGGAUGAACAAGCAGCAUCUCUCGCUGGCUCGGUUAAAAGGCAAAAGCUAGAAAGCCCUGAAGAAAAGGAACCGCAGGACGUUCCAGCAAUCGACGAGCUCGGAGGAUGCCACAAACAGUUGGGCCCGGACGUUGUGACGGACAAGGAAAGGCAGCAGCAAACGCCGGACGGAAGCUCCACCACCGUCGUACCGUUAUUCGAGAAGACGCUCACGGCAAGUGAUGCUGGACGAAUCGGCCGCUUGGUGCUCCCAAAAGCUUGUGCUGAGGCUUUUUUUCCUCCUAUAUCUUCGCCCGAGGGAAUACCGAUCAAAAUGAGCGACUCGAAAGGCCAAGAGUGGCAAUUCCAGUUUCGGUUCUGGCCAAACAACAGCAGCAGGAUGUACGUUUUGGAAGGCAUCACUCCUUGCGUCAAAGCAUUGCAACUGCAAGCCGGUGAUGUAGUUACUUUCAGCCGGAUCGAUCCUGGAGGCAAGAUGGUCAUGGGAUAUCGAAGAAAUGCUGUGGUUCUCAAGCCCAAGGCGAAAGCUGUUAAAGAUUCCACCACUGCGUUUGCUCCAGGCUUUGUUAAUAAGAGCUUGGCAUCGAGGGAAGGCCCAGUGAGUUUUAGCUCUCCGAGAACUCCGGAGUGUUCCACGGCGAGAAGCGCUUGGGAGGAAGCUCAAGAUUGGCUUUCACCGCCGCCGGGGAUCACUCCCAGCAUCAUGACGAUCGAUGGACACAGAUUUGAGGAAUACGAGGAACCUCCUGUGAUUGUGAGAAAGGGCUUUGAUAGCUCCCCAGCUAUUGUGUGAGGAACGAGAGAGAACAAUGCAACGUAAAAAACAAAGUUACCCUUGUGGUACGG